CGGCAGAGCGAAGCUGUGGACGGAAGCCGAAUGCCCACCCGUCGCCUAUUGUGGCCCAGGCAGGGGGGCGGAGCGGACCUCGGUGACGUCACAGAGUCACGCCCCCGGGGGAGGGCGCCAGGCCAACGCCAGAACUGCUGCCUCGAUCCCGGAAGUGGAGGGUCAACACGAAGCGCCGCUGGGUCUAGGUGCCCGGAGGCAGCAGCGUUCUAGGAGCUUACCCGCUGGCCCCCGAUCGCCAUGUCGCUUUUCGACACCAACCCCUUCGCGGACCCAGUGGAUGUAAACCCCUUCCAGGAUCCCUCUGUGACCCAGCUGACCAAUGCCCCGCAGGGCGGCCUGGCGGAAUUCAACCCAUUCUCAGAGACAAAUGCAGCGACAACAGUUCCUGUCACACAACUCCCUGGGUCUUCGCAGCCAGCGGUUCUCCAGCCCUCCGUGGAACCCACCCAGCCGACCCCCCAGGCCGUGGUGUCUGCAGCCCAGGCAGGCCUGCUCCGGCAGCAGGAAGAACUGGACAAGAAAGCUGCGGAGCUAGAACGCAAGGAGCGAGAGCUGCAGAACACCGUGGCCAACUUGCACGUGAGAGAGAACAACUGGCCACCCCUGCCCUUGUGGUGCCCUGUGAAGCCCUGCUUCUAUCAGGAUUUCUCCACAGAGAUCCCUGCCGACUACCAGCGGAUAUGCAAGAUGCUGUACUAUCUGUGGAUGUUGCAUUCAGUGACUCUGUUUCUGAACCUGCUUGCCUGCCUGGCCUGGUUCUCAAGCAACAGCUCCAAGGGAGUGGACUUUGGCCUCUCAAUCCUGUGGUUUCUGAUCUUCACUCCCUGUGCCUUCCUUUGUUGGUACCGACCCAUCUACAAGGCCUUUAGGUCCGACAACUCUUUCAGCUUCUUUGUGUUCUUCUUUGUAUUUUUUUGUCAAAUAGGGAUCUACAUCAUCCAGUUGGUUGGCAUCCCUGGCCUGGGGGACAGCGGUUGGAUUGCAGCCCUGUCUACACUGGGCCAGGAUGCCCUGGCCGUAUCAGUCAUCAUGAUGGUGGUGGCUGGCUUCUUCACCCUCUGUGCCGUGCUCUCAGUCUUCCUCUUGCAGCGGGUGCACUCCCUGUACCGCCGGACAGGGGCCAGCUUCCAGCAGGCUCAGGAGGAGUUUUCCCAGGGCAUCUUCAGCAGCAGAACCUUCCACAGAGCUGCUUCAUCUGCUGCCCAAGGAGCCUUCCAGGGAAAUUAGUCCUUCUCUCUUCUCUCCGCUUCAGCUUUUCUCUCGCCUGCCUUGAGCUGCACUUAUCCGUGGGUGCCUUAUCUGGUGGUGGCUGUGCCCAGCACAGACCCCGAGGGGGGUCUUGCUGUGGCUCUUCCUCCUCCCUCAGUGACCAGCUCUCCCUGGAAGGGGAGGAAGGGACAGGGACUUUUUUUUUUUUUACACACACAAAAAAACAAAGCCAUCUUUCCUUCUCUGGUGG